AUGGCAUUCAAUGGCUUUGCGGACGAAAACAAGUCUCUUCGCACGAAAGUUUUAGUUUUGGAGCGAGAGCUCAAGCGGCGCACCGACGAGUGUACCAAGUUGCGUGGUGAAUUACGAGAGUUUGGGGAGUUAAAGCAAAAGAAUGAAUCACAACGGGAACUUAUUUUGGCACUGCGUGAUCAGAUUGAGUUUUUGCGUACAGCUCAUGCGUCAGCAGUGGAGACACUUGAGAAGAAGGCGAAUGAGGACCGUGACAGGGAGCACCGCGAACGCCUUCAGAGUAUAAACGCCCGACUUGGUAUAGAGGUGUGCCAAACAAAUAGAUUGCCGAAGAAGUUUGCACCGGAGGUUAGUGCUUCAGGCGGUCUUGUACCGACAAGUGAUGGGGCGCAGGUAGUUUUGAAGAGCUCUGAUAUUUCCUCGUUGGGCUUUGCUCCUGUUCAGCGUCCAGUAGAUUUUCUGGGUGGCCGGCAGAAUCCAUUGCAGCAGAGUGAGAACGCUGGGAGUGGGGGUGCUGAGGAAGACGAAGCGGCUCGGCUCAUGGAGAUGGUUAAAGAUGAAGCGUUACUAGAUGUUCAAUAUGCUGAAGUCGCGGAUCAAGAAGAAAAGGAGCUUCGUGAGCGAUUUGAGGCGCUACGGCGGCGUUAA